CGCGGUGGGCGGAACGCGGCUCUUCUAGCUUCUUUGCCCUCCCGGUUCCUCCCAGUCCUGCUCAGCCGGUGUAGUGCUUCUGGUUUCCUAUCUCGUCGUGGAGAGUCGCUGCCGACUGGGCGCUCGUGUUCGGGUCGUCAUGGCAAGUUACGAAUACGUGAGCCCGGAGCAGCUGGCUGGCUUUGAUAAGUACAAGUACAGUGCUGUGGAUACCAAUCCACUCUCUCUGUAUGUCAUGCACCCGUUUUGGAACACUGUAGUAAAGGUAUUUCCUACUUGGCUGGCUCCAAAUCUGAUAACCUUCUCUGGCUUUCUGCUGGUUGUGUUCAAUUUUCUACUUUUGGCAUACUUUGAUCCGGACUUUUAUGCUUCAGCACCAGGUCACAAGCAUGUACCCGACUGGGUCUGGAUUGUAGUGGGCAUCCUCAACUUCAUGGCCUACACUCUAGAUGGUGUGGACGGAAAGCAAGCCCGCAGAACCAAUUCCAGCACCCCGCUGGGGGAGCUUUUUGACCAUGGCCUGGAUAGUUGGUCAUGUGUUUACUUUGUUGUCACUGUGUAUUCCAUUUUUGGACGAGGAUCAUCUGGUGUCAGUGUUUUUGUUCUUUAUCUCCUGCUAUGGGUAGUUUUGUUUUCUUUCAUCCUGUCUCACUGGGAAAAGUAUAACACAGGAAUUCUUUUCCUGCCAUGGGGAUAUGACAUUAGCCAGGUGACUAUUUCUUUUGUCUACAUAGUGACUGCGGUUGUGGGAGUUGAGGCCUGGUAUGAACCUUUCCUGUUUAAUUUCUUAUAUAGAGACCUAUUCACUGCAAUGAUCAUUGGUUGUGCACUGUGUGUGACUCUUCCAAUGAGUUUGUUAAAUUUUUUCAGAAGCUAUAAAAAUAACACGUUGAAACACAAUUCAGUCUAUGAAGCUGUGGUUCCCUUCUUUUCUCCAUGUUUGCUAUUCAUUUUGUCUACAGCAUGGAUCCUCCUAUCACCUUCAGAUAUUUUAGAGUUACACCCUAGAGUGUUCUACUUAAUGGUUGGAACAGCCUUUGCCAACAGCACAUGUCAGCUGAUUGUUUGUCAAAUGAGCAGUACCCGGUGCCCAACUCUGAAUUGGUUGCUGCUUCCUCUUUUUGCGAUUGUCAUGGUGGUGAAUGUAGGAGUAACCCCUUACGUGGAGAGCGUUCUCCUGUUUGCGCUGACGGCUGCUUUCACUUUGGCCCACGUCCACUAUGGGGUACGAGUGGUAAAGCAGCUGAGCAACCAUUUUCACAUUUACCCCUUCUCAUUGAGAAAACCAAACUCGGAUUGACUAGGAGUGGAAGAAAAGAAUAUUGGCCUGUAAUCUACAGAAAGAAGUACUGUAAAUAAGAUGCUUGUAAAUAUUCAUCCAUCACCGUUGAACUAAACUGAUCUGCUUAACAGACAUGGGAACUCAGUGUGUGUGUCGUACUUGGACAGCAGGAAUGAUACAUAUCUGAACUUGUGGAAUAUUGGACCUAUUAACUCCCAGCUUACUUUUUUAUAAAACCAUGUGUUGUUUUGGUUAAACGUAAUAGUCCAGCAAAAUGUUCCUUGUAGUUUAGGAGUCCGUAAUGUUUUGGUUUAUACAGAGUUAAAGAUGCUUGGAUUUUAUUUUUCAAACCCUCGUAUUUGUUUAGAAACACUGAUAACAUUCAGAGGACCCAAUAUGUUUUCAUAUUUGGUACUUAGUAGUAAGUCUUUAGCUGUGGAAGCUAUCAGUACCCCAUAUCUAAUAUAGGGAAAAAAUAAGAGCAAGUCACUUUCAGCAAGAAUGCCAAAUGAUUAAGAGAACAAUAUACAGUUGCCAAAUACUGGUUUCACUUUCCCAUGGAAAUGCCUUUUGUCCUCAUGUGCGAAGAGAGCUUAUGUGUGUAUGUGUGUGUGUGUAUAUACAUAUAUAUAUAUAUAUAUAUAUAUAUAUAUAUUUAAAUUCUCUAGUAUUCCAGCUCUCUUUGUUAUGUAACAGAUCUUGAUAAGUGGUUUAAUUUUCUUUUAAAGAAAAAUAUUUUAUUGAGACUUAAUAUUGAGAAUGGAUUGUAAUUAUGGCUCACUCAUUGGCAUGGUUCAGUGUUUAAACAUGGCAUUUUUUCCCCUCGGCUACAAGUUGCUGAGAUUUGGUGCCUAUGAACUAUGGUCAUAUGAAUGCAUGUGAUAGUCCCAUUCUUAGAAUAAUUACUUGUGAGGAACAUAGAUUAACUUCCUUAUAAGAAAAAAAGUUUCUUAGGAAUUAGGAAUCUCAUGAACCUCACUAUGAAAUUACUACUGUGAACGUUGCUGCGAAACUAGAUUUCUGAUUUAAUUUGUCCUUCUUCUCUCCCUUUAUCUCUUUCUGUGGAGGAAAUAGUGCUGUUUUUUUAAUUUCAUACAAGAUAAAGACAUAGAGAGAACUUCUCUCUUCCCCAACUUGUUCACUUCUCCAUCUGAAGAAAAAUUUUGAUAUAUAUGCCUUACUAAGUAUUUACACCCUUUAAUAUGACUUGGAAUAAUUUUUGAGGUUUACUGACAAACAUAAAAAUCUCUUUUGACUUCCAUAUGAUUGUUUUAUGAUCACAGCUUUUCAUGAAUGUGGAUAUUCUAUUUCUUUCUGAUUUUGUCUCCUUAAUUUAAUUAGGUGGUGGUGAAAUUUACCGGCUGAUUUUCUUUUAUUUUACACUGAAUGAAGUUUGUGCUUGAAUGAAGAGUGUAUCUUAAACCCUUUUUUUGGACGGAUUGCACUUGGAUAAAAUAGGCACCACUGUGUUGAUAAUGUACUUAAAACCAUAAUCAUUAUUUAUCUAUAAAUGUGCCCAUCAUUAAAUUUAAUUAUAGUGUAUUCUUUUGUUGGAUUUUAAUCUGCCACUUUGUAAAAAUAACCAUGUAAUUAUUAUUUCAGUUUUUUAAAUUUGUGAACUGUAAUCAUUGUCAUCAAGUUAUUAGAAAUGAAGCAUCAUGGAGCUAACUGUACUCAAUUUUUAAAAAAUUGUAAAGGUUGAGGUAUAUUCUGUGACUUUCUCUGAGACAAAAAUGAACACUGAAAAUAGUUGGGAAAUUAACACAGGAGAAUAUGGAUAGUGAUUCCAUGUUUACUUAAAUUGCCAUCAUGGAGGUCAGAGAAUGAACUAAUUAAGUAAAAGUAACUUAUUUUUUGUAUACCUUGUUCUGUGUCAUCUGUAAAAUCGAACUGGAUAAAGUGUUAAUUUGGGCGGGGAACAAAGCUUUGCUUUAAGAUUUUAAGCUAAUCAUUUUAUUGUUUUGUUGACUUUGUAUACAAAAAUGAGAUUCGUCUGUAUUAUGUAAGAGCUUAAAAAUAUUUAUAAAAUGGCAAAUUUGGACCACAGGCUUUUGUCACUUUGUACAGUAUAGUUAAAAAAAAAUACCCUUUAUUUCUGACAUAGGGUCAUGUCCUGUAAUUUUGGGUCUCUUUUACCUCAAAGUGUUUUCCUGCUCUUUUUUUUGCAUCAGGUUUAUUUGAAAAUUGUUUUGUGCCUAUACUUGAUAACAUAUUUCCCCGUGGUGGUUAAGAAUUAUGCUGUAGUCAGUUUCAUUGGCAUCAUGGGAUGAAGGAAAGAUGGACGUCAGGAAGAUAAAAGAUGAAAAGUGAAAAACGGUUUCAGAAUACUGUGGACUUGCGACUCUUUAGUGUUCUGUUGACUCCUUUUUUUGGUUUAGUCUGCCGUCUUGAAGUGUAUCAUGAAAGCCCCUCUUUGUCAUGUAUGGUAUAGCAACUGAAGCAGGACUUUGUUACGAAGAGCUCUGUGAACUGACAUCAUCACCAAUGAUCAUAACAUUUCCAAAGUAUAAAAGGUAUUUCAGGCUUAUGCAUGAUAUUUUGGGGUGCGUUCACACCCCGGCCUUUCUCCUAGCAUAUGCUGAGCUGCUUUUGGGGGAGCAAGUGGCAUAAUUGGUCAUACAUGCAUGUUUUCUGUCCAUUUCAAAACAGAGUGCCUUAGCCAGGCUAGAGGUUUGCUUCGUGUUUCUUCUGACCAAAGUUACCUAGACCUGUAGGAAGUUUCUUUUCAGGUUAUGGUAUGAAAAAUGUCCUUUCAUGCUUGUCAGAAAAUUCCCCAAUGUUUGAGGGGGGGCAUAGGAUAGAAAAAUCUAAAAGAUAUCUGAAUAUAUUCAUGCUGCCUUUUAUAAUCCUUUAAUAACAUUCAUGGUCUUAGUGUAAUCUACAUACAGUUUAUAAUUGCCACAGUUUAACAUUCCUCCCUUAAUGUGUAACAGAUGUAAUUCAUGGGUUUUAGUCUUACGGGUAAUAGAGUGAAUAACUUCCAAAUCGAGAAGUAAAAUAGUCUUCUCUGGCAUUUUAAUAAUAUCAUGGUUAAAUUUUAAAAAGCUUUGAUGCUGAUUAUGGCCUAGAAUGUUACAGUACGGUUACCAACAUGCUAUCUGUUUUAAUAUAGAGCUCUUGGGAAGAGGAGUGCAUGUCUAGGGUUGCCCCAGUUCUAAAUAGUUCCUGAAAGAAUACUGAUCAUGACCUGGAGCCUGGGCAUUGGGGGAACAUGUAAAGGAGAAAGCAAGCAUAGAUGGUGUCCACUUGAAGGGGAAGAAGAGAUCACUUCAGUGCCCAGUGAUGCUACUGCAGUGCACAGUUCAAAACUGUCACAUUUAAAUCAUCCUUCCUCCAUUAAUCUCAAGUUCAAAUGUGAAUUUAAAAGUUUCCUAAGUGUUCAGUUUUCAAAGAAUUAAUUUAUGUUGUAGUCAGUCCAAAAGCAUUUGGAACACAUCUUGUUUUUCCUGAUAGCUCAAUUGGUAAAGAAUCUGGCUACAGUGCAGGAGACCCCGGUUCGAUUCCUGGGUUGGGAAGAUCCCCUGGAGAAGGGAAAGGCUACCCACUCCAAUAUUCUGGCCUGAAGAAUUCCAUGGACAUAGUCCAUGGGGUUACAAAGUCAGACACGACUGAGUGUUUUUCACUUUCACUUUUCACUUUGCUUUCCAAAGCAGGCUUUGAUUCUGUAAUCUAUGGAGAAUGAAAAAGUAAUCUGAAAGUGUUUGAAUCAAAGACUACUUCUCCCCUUAAUAUUUUAACAGGAAACCUGUUUGUAACUCUCCUCUUCGUUCUUCCCUUGGGUUUACCGUUAACCAGCCACCACCUGGGACAGAGACUCCACUUGGCUUUGUCGCCCCCUAUACCCUGCCACAUUCAGAUUUCCUUGAUGGCCUUAGAUCUCUUGCCUAGGCAAGGAGUGGGAAUGUGCCAGAGAGAACAAAGUAAAUCUGAAGGACUAGAUCUUUUGACUUUGGGUCCCCCAAUAAGCCAAAAAGAGAUACAGAAAUCUUUGUGCUGAUUCCUGUGUUUAGAGUGGCCUUUAUCUUGACUUCAGUUCUGGACUUGCUGGAGCACUCUAUAGGAAAUUUGUGAAAUCAGAUUGGGAUUUUCUUUGUCCCAUGAGGUGUGCUUGUAAGGCCACAUGUCCAUUCUUGAACACCUUGUGGGUGAAUAGCCUUCAGUGAGCUGCCAAUACUAAAAACUUUCAGGGAGAUUUUUUUUAGUAUGCUGCAUUUGAAGCACUUUGACAUGUACCUUUUAAGUGACAGUUUUAACAGUAAAAUGGUGAUAAAUUAAUCACUGUGAAACUUGAAAGUAUGAUGUCCUGUACAUUUUAGGGAAGCUUGAGUAAUUUUCAGAUUUUCCUUUAUUAUGUAACCCAUGUGAUUUGUGUAUUUUACUUUUCAUGUUUGACAGUGGUACAGAUACCUGACAUAUUGGCAGACAGUUGCUUUAGGAUCUAUGGUAAAUCAUGGUUGUCUAGCUUUUCCAGAGAAAGUGGCAGUGUGUUUACUUUUUCCUUUGUGUGGAGCCAUGGGAAUUGGACUUACUGGCUAAUUCAUUUCCAUUGUUUCUGUGGUGCACAAUAAACAACCUUUUAAAGCUGCAUGCUAGUAAUGCUUUCCUUUUUAAUAAAUAUGCUAGAGACAGUAAUCUAGCCAGUUGUUUUUAAGCAGAGACUUGCUCUUUUUUCAGACAUAUUUUAAAUGAACUAAUAUUUCGGGUAGCAUAAGAAGUUUUGGCAUUUGCAGCCUUUUUCACAGGUGGCCUGAGUGAGUGGAUUAUAUGGCAUUUGGAGAGAAAGGCCAGAUUCCUAGAAUUGGAAAAUGGCACAUGGACUGAUUUUAGAAUAUUUUCCCAAGGGCUUCUCUUAGGGAGAGUCCGUUUGGACACAGUAGUAUUGUCUGGUCUUCUACAGGCCAUUCACAUUGUCUUACUCUUCACAGAAUGAUUCUUAGAAAACCAGAUUCAGUCAGAGUAGUGUUAUUUUGAAAGCAUAUGAAUUGGAUCAUUAUCAUGGAGUACCUAAUGCUACAUUGUAACCAGAGACUUUUGGAGACCCACGGAGUGGCUAAAUGCUGUGGAUGCCUUGUGACUCUUAGGCUAAAGUCUUCUCUUAAGUAGUUUCUAUGGAUAACAGAAUUGGAAUUAAUUUUGGUUUUUAUUGAAACAUACAUGGAGUAAGUUCUUGACUAGAGGCAUGUUCAGUACUUAAUGUUACUAAUCAGAUUAUAGGAGGGGCCUGUCUUAAUUUUAUGAGGUCCAUGAAUGCUGCAUUAUGAAUCUGUUUGAAUUACUGGUAUCAUUCUGUAUCAGACUUAGUUUAGUAAGUACUAAUUAAGACUGCCCACAAUAUGAACAUUUUUGGGUAGGUUAUUUUGUUUAAAUAACUUAUCCCAUUAGAGCAGCUAUUCAGGAGACAAAGACCCAGCUACAGGUAAUCUCUUGCUUUUUCUGGAAUGUGCCAAGAAAGCAGAAUUCAGUAUUAAACUCCAAAUUUCAGAGUUUUUUUUUUUUCAAGUAGUAUUUCCUCUGGGUAAAGUGGAAGGCAGUGAACAGUUGCUGAGGUGUAAACUCCUUCCGACCUGCAUCCUCCCUUUCCCCUCCCAUCUAACAGAAUAGAUUAAAUUUGUAGCCAAUGGUAGGAAAAGAAAUCGAUACUUUUCUGAGUAAGGUUUCAUGUCCUGGGACUAAGAAUAGGUGGCGGGAAUCAUGGCCAAAUCAAUUAUUGAUUUGUAUAGCCUGGUCCUAUUGCAGUUUGCUUUCUGUAGUGUUCUGAAACAGAAGGAUGAUUUCCAUCCCCUCAGGUGCCUAGAAACAAUACCACUUGUGUCUGCUACAAGUGGAAUAUGUGAGAGAAGUUGAAAGGAACACAAAGUUAUUUUCCCUUUCAAGUAGUUUAAUUGAACAUGUUUGUAAUUGGUCUACCUAGGACUUGCCCAUGUUCAUAGCAAAUAACAUAGCAUUUAUUUUAUCUGGUUAUGUGUGGUGUGUGUAUGGCUACAUAUUUAAUAUGUACACAUAUAUUCUUUGUGCAUAUAUAUGUAUGAUGUAUUCGUAUGUACGCGCAGUCUACUCUUGAUUAUCAGCAAGAUGAUAAGCCCUCACCAGACUGUUUCUUCAUGUUGACUUAAUCUGCAUGUACCCUGUAACUCUGAGAAGCCUGUUCCUUAUCUGCAUCUCCAGUCUUUCCUACUUGCCUUUCAUCUUAGUCCCCAAGGAAGGCCUUGACAUAUGUCACUUUCUGCUUCUCUUUCACCAGGGAUUGUGUGAGUCAGAAAACUUGUGAAAAGAUGGUUGCUUCCACCAGAGUUGAGGCUUCCAGGGUUUGAAUGAUGGUGGGGCUCAUUCCUGGCCAGAAGGCAGUGCCUGGAGCAGUUGUGCUCUUGGGCUUGAUGGGGGAAAACUCUAGCUCUUGUGGGAAAUGGGAUGUCACAACUUGCUUAAAUUCCUUAGCUGGAAUGUUGUGAGGUCUUACGUUAUUUGAUGUGGAAACAGGGUACAGGUGUGCAUUUCACCAUUUGUUUUGUGUCAUCGGUACUCCUGGUCCCCAUUGCUCGCCCAGGUAAUCAAGAUCUGACUGUUUCUUGCCACUGGAUUCUGGAAGCUUUGUGCUCUCAACUGAAUUUAUGUUUUAUUUCUGCUGCUGUGAAACCCAAAAGUAAUGCAGUAGGUUUUAAUUUAAAAUUGUUUUAACUCUAUUAUGGAUAAAUAUUUAUUGUAAUAAAAGUAAAGAGUAAAUGGUUUUUAAAUCCUUUUAA